UGUUUUGUUUUUAAUUUGGUGUGUUAAAAGAUAUUUUGUACUGUUAUAACUGUGGUGGAUAUAGUCGCGUUAUAUACACACACGUAACUUAUAGAUAAACGAUUGUAUACUGUCUAUUUUCAAAGUCAGUUUACCAUCGAUACCUCUGGAUCUGUUCUUGCUGCCUCCUACAAGUCACCGAAGAUGAAACUGCUCGUGUGGAUAAGCGUGGUCGUAGCGGGGUCUUUGGCACAACCAGAGGCUUUUUCCUUCCCUCGGCCGUCAUCAGGAGCUCUGGAGGUAAUCAAGCGCUUAGGUGAGAGCAGGGCAGGUGACAUCAAGGUGACCCAGGGACGAAGCAAAGCAGGUGACUCCCCUAUCUUCUUCAUUAAGCUGCCACCUUCACCUUACUACUUCAGGCCGAACUCUGUACCGUCUCCUGCGCACAAUUUGGAGAAGCUUCCGGUGAGUUUCGUCAACAACGGCAAACCCCAUCGCGUCCAGCACUGGAAUCUCCCCCUCAUCAACGCCCAUCGAUCACGCCCACUCCACCCACACACUCGCCUCCGCCCACACCCGCACUUGCACCUCCGCCCACGACCACACACGCCCACUUUGCCCGCCGUAACACCACCUUCGACAACACAAACAAAAAUGACGGAGACACAACCACAACUCCAACAACCACAACCACAACCACAACUUUUACCCACAACAACAACAACAACAACAACUGUGGCCCCCCACCCCCCCAUGGCCAAGACCCGCCCUGUCAAGCCGUGGGUGAAUCUCAAAAAAGGGUUUGUUUACAACGGACGACCUUCCUCCGUGUACGUUUGGAGUCCUGUCAAGUCUGCUGUCAAGACGCCUGUCAAGACGCCUGUCAAGAUCUUCAUGCGAAGACAACCGUCAGAAAACGUCUACUUCGGUCGUAGUAAUGAUAAUGGUAAUGAAUAAUAAUCAGUAAAGGGGUGAGUUCCUUUUAAGGAGGUUGAUAGACUAGCAGUGUUGGGAUUAUUAUUAUCAUCACUAUUAUUAUCGUCAUGGUUA